AUGUUCUGGAAGUUUGACCUGAACACAACGUCACAUGUGGACAAGCUCCUGGAAAAGGAGGAUGUGACUUUGCUGGAGUUGAUGGAUGAGGAUGACUUGCUCCAGGAGUGCAAGGCUCAGAACCAGCGGCUGCUGGACUUCCUUUGUCAGGCUCAGUGCAUGGAGCAGCUUGUACAGCUCAUCACACAAAAACCUCCUGAAGAUAUGGAGGAGAAAGUCCGCUUCAAAUAUCCUAACAUAGCCUGUGAGCUACUUACGUGUGAUGUGCCACAAAUUAAUGAUAAAUUAGGUGAAGAUGAGCACCUACUCAACAUCCUCUAUGACUUUCUACGACAAGAACCCCCUCUUAACCCGCUGCUGGCCAGCUUCUUUAGCAAGACCAUUGGAAACUUGAUAGCCAGGAAAACAGAGCAAGUCAUUGGGUUCCUUAGGAAAAAGGAACAAUUCCUCACGCUGGUGCUGGAUCACAUUGGUACUUCAGCUAUGAUGGACUUGUUACUUCGCCUCAUCAGUUGUGUGGAGCCGGCUCCCCUAAGACAAGAAGUGCUAAACUGGUUGAAUGAAGAGAGGCUCAUUCAGCGACUAAUAGAUCUUAUUCACUGCAGUCAGGAUGAAGAUAGGCAGUCUAAUGCAUCUCAGACUUUAUGUGAUCUCAUCCGACUGAGCAGAGAUCAAUGCAAUCAAAUGCAGGAGAUAUUAGAAACUGAUCCUUUGUUAGUAACUCUUGAAUCGCAGCAGUGCGUGGAGCAGCUUUUGCACAAUAUGUUUGAUGGAGAGCAGACUGACAGCUGUGUUGUGAGCGGCACUCAGAUCUUGCUGACUCUUCUGGAAACUAGAAGAUCAAGUACGGAUCCUCUCCUAGAUGCACUUCCUCAGGGGUUUGAGAGACAAGGUCCUGCUGUGAGCAGUAGUAUUCUUCAGGGUAUAGAAUCACGCCUGAAGGAUUUUCACCACCUGCUUCAACAUCCUCCAAAGAAAGAAUCAAUCUUGACCACUAUUGGUAUCUUGGAAGAACCUUUAGGCAAUGCCCGGCUCCACACUACACGCCUCAUAGCUGCCUUGUUGCAUGCCAAUACUCCUAGUGUUAACCAAGAGCUCUGUCGGCUUGGCACCAUGGAUCUCUUACUUGACCUGUUUUUCCGGUACACUUGGAAUAAUUUUCUACAUGUCCAGGUUGAGUUGUGUAUAGCAGCAAUCCUCUCCCAUUCUCUGCAAGAGGGAAGAAAUGCUUCCAUUGUAGAAGAGAGAAAAACGGAGGAGCCACUUAAUGGCAAUACAGAAGAGUGUGAGAAAUCAGUACCCGAGCAAGAGGAUCUCAUGAUUACACAUCUUUUCCAGAAAUGCUGUUUGGUUCAAAGAAUAUUGGAUGCUUGGGAUACGAAUGACAAGAUUCAGGCGGCAGGAGGCAUGAGAAGAGGGAAUAUGGGUCACUUAACACGUAUUGCUAAUGCAGUUGUACAGAAUAUGGAAAAGGGUCCUAUGCAAGCACAGAUCAGUGACAUUAUUACAGAGUUGCCUGAAGAUUGCAAAGGAAGAUGGGAGACAUUUGUUGAGGAAAACCCUGACUGAAACUAACCGCAGAAAUACUGUAGAUUUGGUAAAUACUCACCACCUGCGUUCCUCAAGUGAAGAUGAAGAUAUUGACAGUGCUUUUCCCAAUGAAUUAUCUGUGCAGCAAGCCUUCUCUGACUACCAAGUUCAACAGAUGACCUCUAAUUUUGUGGAUCAAUUUGGUUUCAAUGAUGAGGAAUUUGCUGAAACAGGAAGAUAACAUCAAUGCACCUUUUGACCGAAUAACCGAGAUUAAUUUUAACUUGGAAGCUGAAGAUGAAAAUCCUAAUGCUGCUUUGUUUGAAGCCUGCUGCAAUGAGCGCAUCCAACAGUUCGAUGAUGAAGAGGAAGAUAUCUGGGAAGAAAAAGAGAUUGGUUAUGGAACACAGGUUAAAUCUAGAACUCGGU